CAAUAAGCUAUUAGUUAUAACACAUAAGAAAAUAAACCGAUCAGAAUCCUCCAAUCUAUAAAUAAAGAAUUCCGACUGGUUUAUUUUCUUAUGUGUUAUAACUAAUAGCUUAUUCUAGAAAGGCCAUAAUAGUUACUAAUCGCUCAGUGAGCGCUUUAUUCUCUGAGUGCUACCCAUGUUUAUAUAGUCAAAGUCGUAUUUCGAUUUGAAAGACAUAAGACAAUUUUAUUUAUACAAUGGCCGGAGAUGGCGAAUUAGUUGUAUUAUGCAGAGGUGUAUACGAAGAGAAUGAUGAGCAGAAUGCGUAUGUGAAAGCGCUGAAAGCAGCCGGUUAUACUUGCGAAUUUUUACGAACUUUGCGAUUCGAAUUUGUAAAUAAGUCGGAGUUGCGGAAGUGGUUAUCCAUGGCACAUGAUUAUAGUGGUUUGAUACUAACCAGCCUUCGUACAGUUGAAGCUAUUGCACUUGCAGUCGAUGAGGAUACAAGCAUUUUGGACCAUUGGAAGAAACUACCUGCAUACUGUGUGGGGCCUGCAACAGAAUCUCUAGCUCAGAGUCAACUUGGAUUGCAAUGUUGUAUCGGUGGCCAAUUGGGUAAUUCCCAAGAAUUGGCUGAGAAAAUUGCUCUCGAUAUAAAGAAGGACUCGAAACCAUUAUUUUAUCCGUGUAGUGAGAUUGCACGUGGGACUAUUACAGAUAUUCUCCGUGCCUGUAAUAUUACAAUGCACAAGCUUGUGGUUUAUAAAACUUUAGAGUGCGAAUCUCUAGGAGAGGAUUUAGUAAAGAUUCUCAAAAAAUAUGUUGAUCAUCCUAAGAUGUUUGUUUUUUUCAGUCCAUCUAUAGCAGAAUAUUUUGCUGCACAACUUAAAAAAAAUUUUUAUUCUAUCAUGGAAAUAAAAGCAGUGGCUAUAGGUUCUGUUACAAGGCUUGCAAUGUACCAUUAUGGUUUCAAUUUAUUUGCAGUUGCAAAGAAACCUGAACCAGCAGCCUUAGUAGAAGCAAUUACAAUAGCAAAGUCUGUAGUAGAUGCUCGUGAAUAUGUUGUGGCUGCUGACUAUGUACGAAUAAAAUAGCUUGAAUAAUACCUUAUAUAAAAAUGUUUUAACAUUCUUAUAAUCUGCCAAUUACUUAGAUGAUAGACUAUAUCUUGCUACUUUUAUACCAUAUU